UCACGCCACGCUAGAACAUAGCAGUGAUGAACCUCAACCCGAAGCUCCUUGCCCUUACGGGCUGCCUCGCCGGAGCUAUUCUGCUCUCCAUCAUCGCCAUGGCCACCCUUGGCUGGGCCGAGUACAAGGACUCGGACGUCCACUUUGAGUAUGGCCUCUCCAAGUAUUGCCAGGAUACCGCCAAGAUUGGCGGCAGCAAGAGCUGCGACAAGUACGAGAAGAAGACGUACCUGCAGAACGGCAAGGAGGUGACGAACCCGUUCAAGACGGGCGGAUCUGCGACGCUGGCGUUCAUGAUCAUGGCACUGCUGGGCGGUGUGGCAGCUGCUGCGCUUGCGGGGCUGAUGAUUGUGGACAUUGCCAUUCCCGGACUGACGCCGGCGCUGCGUGCGCUGGCGUUGCUGGCGGGCUCGGGCUUUGCGGCGGCGACAGGGACCAUGGCGUGGAUUCUGUACGCCGGCAUCGUGUACGGAAGCGAGUCGUACAAGCAGAAGAUCAAUCUUGGGUCGAAGGAAGUGUCGCUCCAUGCCUCGUAUUCGUACUUUUUCUGCUUCAUUGCGGGCAUGCUGUACAUUGCGUCGACCGGGCUGGCGUUCCUUGUCAAGCAGAGCGCCGAUGCGUACCGCGAGAUCUAAGUGGCAAGAGCAGCAGCAAGAAGCCUAGUCUGCAGCCAAAGCUAGCCGCUGGCGGCGGGUGCUAAAACCAAUACAUGCGAAUGUAGAUGAAGAAGAAAACAAGGACGGCGACGG